AUGCAGGUAGAUAGAAAAUGGGGCGGAUGUGGCGCACUCGCUACACGCUAUGUGCCUUUGAGGCCAUACGACGACAUCGUACUCAACAAAGGAGUACGCCGGCAAAAAAUCCCAAGAAUCUAUCCACUGGUAGCCAUUCCAAGUGCAAAUCUUCCGCAUGGAACUCAUCCACCCCUCCAUUUCGAUGAAAAAUUCGUAACACUGAGAAACGGCUAUUUGUCCACAACUCCACGAUGGCAGGUGGUACGAGUUUGUUGUUCGGAUUUACACAACAACAACGAAUCCGCGAAGAAAAUGAACGAAGCACAAAAGAUUUGUCCUGAUGACACCAAAUCCGGAAUCCGGGUAUUUAUGGAAAUUGGCGUGUCACCAGCUACAAAGGAACCUCGUCAAAGUCGAAAAAAAUUGUCACGUGUACCGCAAAGAAAACAUCAAUCAUCUAAUGACACACAACCGAUGACACGAAUUCCCGAAGAAGAGGAGCCAGUUUUUUGUGCGAUUCCGAAACAUGCACCAGUACCUUAUCACCCAACUCCAUGGAUUGAUACUUUUGGACUCGGAGAAGAUGAUCACAUCAAACCAGCGACAAAUGCAGCACCCAGUUCCUAUGUUCAUCCGGGUGACCGCGACGCAUCCGCGGCAAUCCACGCGCUUUUCGAUGACAACGAAAAGGAAGUUCGCUACGAUCUAUCAAAAAAAACAUCAACAUCACAACCGCAUUGUCCAGAAUCAUUUCCCACGACACCUCAUGUUAUCCAAGCAUGCCAUCCAUUAAUGACACAAACCACCACAACGAAACUGGAAUCAAUCGUAACCCAUACGCCAUCGACGGCAACAGCCUCAUCACUAUUUGCCAUUCCGCCAAACUUUUCACUCGAUCGCUUACAGUACCCUGUCCUUGCACCAUCAAUGCCGUUACUUUGUGAUCAGCUGGCUCUAACACUGGGAGCAUGGCAAACAUGGGGAAAAAUGCGUCGACCACGUACAGCUUUCACAAGCGAGCAAUUAAUCGAAUUGGAGCGUCAGUUUGGUGAGAACAAGUAUCUCAGCCGACCAAGACGAUAUCAGCUCGCUCAGGAGCUAUGCCUCACUGAGACUCAGGUAAAAAUUUGGUUUCAAAAUCGUCGUAUGAAAAACAAACGAUGCCAAAUUCCUGGUACCAAUCCACAAAUGUCGGAGACGUCGAAUGUUUAG